GCAAACAUUUUGGUCUCAAUUACGAGUCGAUCCCUGAAUUGAAUGCAAAACAAAUACAUUCACUGAAAACGAGACAAUAUUUUGGACACAAAUUGAUACCUAAAUCGGGAUCUGAUUAGCCAUCAGAUGAAGAGAUCAUGACUACAGCCAAUGGAUUCAAACAGGAGAUGCCGCCGAAGGGCGGGUACGCGGAGAUCCACUUCACUCGAGUUAUACCACAAAAACUCUUCAAAAACUGGUCGCUGAUGGCGAUGCACAUCGGGAUGACCUGUUAUGCCGUGUAUUAUCUGAAGCGCCGCAAGAGAUAUAUGGGAAAGUUGUCGGUCGAGCGCUUUGAUCACUACAAUGCCAUCGAACCACUCCUUCAGGCGGAAAGGGAUCGCGCAUACUUACGGCACAUGCGAUAUAACCGCGAAGUGGAGCGGGAGCUCAUGAAGGACGUGCCCGACUGGAAAGUGGGUACUCUAUGGGGUAGACCCAUCUACUCGACACUACCUCCCGGAGCUCUGCCGGACGUACACGUGACCGAGUGGUACGCCCACAGACACUACAAGCAGUGGGAGGACUACUUCUUCCCCGACAAGUGGACAUAAACACCGCUUCUGUAGACAUCUCUAAACAAAUUAUUAUAGAAAAUAGUUUACAAUUGAUUUGAAUCUUAAAUAUCUAGUGAUUGAUUGACUCAAAAAAUUUCGAUUAUAAAUGGCUUUAAAUUGUUUGUAUAAUUAAUAAAAUUAGGUUUUGAUCGAAAUAUUCUUACUAUUACUGUAUUCCCA